AUGUCAGCCCCAUUCGCAAUAAUCGCCGGCGUAGGCCCCGGCACCGGCGCCUCCCUAGCCAGAAAAUUCGCCCUCACCUACCCCGUCGCCCUCCUCGCCAGAAACCCCGAAAAUUACAGCACCCUCGUCGAAGAAAUCAACAAAUCCGGAGGCACCGCCAUAGGAAUCUCCACCGACGUUUCCUCAGCAUCCUCCAUCACCGCCGCAGUCUCCGAAAUCAAGGAAAAAUACGGCGAUAAAUGUGCCGCGGCCGUGUUUAAUGCUUCUGGACCUUUUGCGAGAAAGAGUGUGUUGGAAUUGACGGAAAAGGAAUUUACGGGUGGUUAUGAAGUCAGUUGUAAGGGGGCUUUUUUGUUCUCGCAGCAGACUUUGCCGUUGCUGUUGGCUCAUACUGAGGAUCCUGGUGCGAAAUACCCGGGGACUUUGCUCUUCACCGGCGCUACUGCAAGCGUGAAGUCCAAUGCUUUGAUGUCUGCUUUCAGCACUGGAAAGUACGCCAUGAGAGCGCUUUCCCAAAGCAUUGCAAGGGAAUUUGCACCAAAGGGUGUUCAUGUUGCUCAUGCUAUCAUUGAUGGUGUUAUCGAUAUCCCCAGGACAAAGGAGUGGAUGAAGGAUAUGCCAGCAGAGGCCAAGAUUUCUUCUGAUGCUAUUGCGGAGGCGUAUUGGAAUCUACACACGCAGAGCAACAGGUGUUUUACUAAUGAGAUUGACAUCAGACCCAUGUUGGAGAAGUGGUAG